UCUCCAGCUCUGAGUGACGUGCAGUUUCAGCUUCGCUUCUAAACACAGAUGACGCUCCUGCACUGCGCCGUCCUCAUCCCCGCCCUCCUGUGGAUCCAGACAUGCGCCGUCCGUGCCGGGAAGAUCCUGGUCUAUCCGGUGGACGGCAGCCACUGGGUGAACAUGGACGCCGUCCUGCGUGAGCUCCACCGCCGGGGUCACGAACUGACUGUGGUGCGCUCCUCCAGCAGCUGGUACAUUCCAGAACGUGCUCCUCACUACACGUCUUUAACCGUGCACCUCGCUCAGUCCAGUCACCUGGAGAAACCGGACCUGAUGGCGGCCUUUCUGAAGAGGAACGUGGACCUCCGCAGGGGUGGAGGAUCUAUCUUCUCCUUCGUGGCUCUGCAACAGGAAAUGAUCGAUCUGCUGGCAGAGGAACACCAAAUGAGCGCCGAGAUGGUGAGGAACGUCCUGAAGGACGAGAGGCGGCUGGAGGAGCUUCGAGAGGCCGAAUAUGAUCUGAUCCUGACUGACCCCGGGUUCGGAGGCGGGGUCAUCCUGGGGGCGUACCUGCGCCUACCGAUGGUCUUCAACGUUCGCUGGAUAACGAGCAACGAAGGACACCAAGCAAUCGUGCCCUCGCCUCUUUCGUACAUCCCGGAUCCAGGAACCCUCCUGGAAAGCUUGGGACCCGACCUGUCCGAGGUCUUCGCGUCUGCGUUUGCGCGUCUGCCUCAGAAGGUCGUGUGGCGACAGAAAGGAACCAAACCGUCCACGCUGGGCAACAACACUCUCAUCUUAGACUGGCUGCCACAGAACGACCUCCUGGGCCACCCGAAGACCAGAGCUUUCAUAACGCACGGAGGAACCAACGGCAUCUACGAGGCGGUUUAUCACGGAGUCCCGAUGCUGGGGAUCCCGCUGAUCUUCGAUCAGUUCGACAACAUGGUGCGCUUGAAGGAACGAGGCGUGGCCAAAGUUCUGGACGUCACGGCGCUGGACGUGGACGCCCUGACCCGAGCCCUGCUGGACAUUCUGGACGACACGCGACAGUACAGGCGGAACGUCCAGAGAUUAUCCCAGCUCCAUCGGGACACGCCAAUGAAACCGAUGGACAGCGCCAUCUUCUGGCUGGAGUUCGUCAUGAGGCACAAGGGCGCGGCGCAUUUGCGUACGGAGUCCUACAGGAUGCCGUGGUACGCUUACCACAGCGUGGACGUGUUAGCACUGUUGCUCGGCAUGUUUAUAUCCCUGUUUGUGCUUUUUGGUCUCAUCUUAAAGUUUCUCUUCAGUCUAUUGACAAAAGGAAGAAAAGUCGAGCGACGUUGAGGGUUAAUAAGAGUCGGAACGUCAACAAACCUUCAUGUAACUUCAUUGAUGAUGCUCAGAGAUCCCAGGGAUGAAGACAGAAGGUUAUUAAGUGAUAAGCACUUUUACAAUCGAUCGAACAGAGAAGCAUCCCGAUGGUCCUGAUGUUUUUUUGUUGGAGAUUAAUUCCUCUCACAAGCAAAUCUAUACAUCUCACUGCUUUAAACACCAAUGUUCUCAAAAGACAUUGGCCAACUGUGUCACAACAAGCAGGUUUUGGUUAACUAAUGAGUGGUGGUUCCAAAAGAAGUCAACUCCCAAAUUUAUGGGUUGUUACUCUGUGUUGUUAGUUUUUCAUUUUGUCAUUGUUAAUCAAGUCAGACAUGAACGUAGACCUUUAAGAGACAUUUAUGCCUCGGAAACUCCUGAUUUCUGCAAAUAAAAAACACUGAUUCAGAUGUAUGAUUGCCGAUUGCUGAUGCUGAAAAUUGUCUAGUUAAUGUCAACUAAAAACCACAAAAGUACGACGGCAAAAAAUAUGUAUUUUUAAGUUUUGAUUUGGAGAUUGAAGUGGAAAUAUUCUGGCCACAGUGACCUCCUGGUGUUAAAAUGAGGGAUGUUCAUGAUGUGGUAAAUCCUCGAUGUCCUGCACAUCAGCACCAGCGUGUUAUUAGCAUCAGGACGCUGAAACGGCUUUGUAAUAAACUGUUUAUGUAGAAGAACGUCGCCACCGGUGCACUCGGCGUCUGCGCCGUCGCCGGUACUUCCACCGAGCCUUAUGGACUCUUACGAUAAACUAGAGCCGUACGGCAUCGCUAUAAAUGGUUGCAUUGACGGGUUUAGUCGUCGUGUCAUGUGGAUGGAAGCGAACAAUACAAACAACCACCCAAAAAUAAUCACGGGUUACUGGAUAACCACAGUAACGCACAGUGGAGGCCGAUCCAGGUACUGAAACCCGAGCUUCUCUGAACUGACGAGCCUCUUUAACUAGAAUACUUCCACUUUAUUCUCCUAAUUAAAACCUAAAUAUUUUUUACAGUGGCACUAAUCCGCCGUCGUACAAAACAAGGCUUGAUAUUUAAAAAAAAAACAUGAGUGACACCAUGUUCAAGUGUUGAAUCACCAUGGACUUUAAUUUGUACAAUUUCAAUCAUUUAGGGACAUAAAGGUACUAUUAAAAUACAAUCCUAAUACAGCGGUACCUUGAAACUCGACCUCAGUCGGUUCUGGGAGUGGGGUUGAGUUUUAAAGAUGUUGAGUUUCAAGGUAUUUUUUCCCAUAAGGAUGUUUGGGAAACCUGUUAAUGCGUUCCAUGGUCCCGUGGACUUACAUAUACACUGGUACCAACGUGCAUGUGAGAACUUGUUUGACUCACGUAGACCACAAAGGGGUGAGCGAUGUAAACAAAGGGGUGAGCGAUGUAAACAAAGGGGUGAGCGAUGUAAACAAAGUGGUGAGCGAUGUAAACAAAGGGGUGAGCGAUGUAAACAAAGGGGUGAGCGAUGUAAACAAAGGGGUGAGCGAUGUAAACAAAGUGGUGAGCGAUGUAAACAAAGGGGUGAGCGAUGUAAACAAAGGGGUGAGCGAUGUAAACAAAGGGGUGAGCGAUGUAAACAAAGUGGUGAGCGAUGUAAACAAAGGGGUGAGCGAUGUAAACAAAGGGGUGAGCGAUGUAAACAAAGUGGUGAGCGAUGUAAACAAAGGGGUGAGCGAUGUAAACAAAGUGGUGAGCGAUGUAAACAAAGGGGUGAGCGAUGUAAACAAAGGGGUGAGCGAUGUAAACAAAGGGGUGAGCGAUGUAAACAAAGGGGUGAGCGAUGUAAACAAAGUGGUGAGCGAUGUAAACAAAGGGGUGAGCGAUGUAAACAAAGGGGUGAGCGAUGUAAACAAAGGGGUGAGCGAUGUAAACAAAGUGGUGAGCGAUGUAAACAAAGGGGUGAGCGAUGUAAACAAAGGGGUGAGCGAUGUAAACAAAGUGGUGAGCGAUGUAAACAAAGGGGUGAGCGAUGUAAACAAAGGGGUGAGCGAUGUAAACAAAGUGGUGAGCGAUGUAAACAAAGGGGUGAGCGAUGUAAACAAAGGGGUGAGCGAUGUAAACAAAGUGGUGAGCGAUGUAAACAAAGGGGUGAGCGAUGUAAACAAAGGGGUGAGCGAUGUAAACAAAGUGGUGAGCGAUGUAAACAAAGGGGUGAGCGAUGUAAACAAAGGGGUGAGCAUUAGGGCGCAUUCACAUGAGAAGCGUUUUGCGCUUUGAGCGCCGUGGCACGCACAAAAAUCGCAAACCCAACACGUGUGAACGCAUCCUAACUGAACUCGCUACGGAAUACGGUAUUCCAAGAUCUCCAUGAUUAAGAAGCAUAAUGAAACAAUAAAGAAGUAAAGCUAAAGUGCAGCUUUUAUUGUAUUUCAGUGUGUUUAUAUAAUAUUUGUGUUAUUUUCAGUGUAUAAGAGUCAAACAGCCUCAUUAUUUUACAUUGGACUAAAAUAUCUGCAGCUCCACCGGACCAUGGACGCAUUAACAGGUUUCACAAACAUCCGUAUGGGGAGAAAAUACCUUGAAACUCAACGUCUUUUAAACUUGACGCCACUCCCAGAACCAACUAACGUCGAGUUUCAAGGUACGGCUGUAUUAUAGUCUACUGUAAAAUAAUGGGGUGUUUUUAAAGAUCCCUCGUACAAACUGCAACGAAAUUGAACAUUAAAGAAUAAAUGUAAAAUAAAAACACUCAAGUUCUCA